CAAUACACGCCUCGUCUGUCACCAGGUGAGCCGGUGUGUCGGAGAGCUGUGGUGGCCUCUCCCUCACUGAGAUGUGGGCAACGGCAACAGGUCAACUCGCCAUGGGGUAAGGCAGCCCACAUUAACGCAGACAGAGACAGGCCGGGGCGUUUCCAGUCGACCAAUAUGAUGGACACGUUGACAAGUUUCGUCUUCCUCUACGUCGUAUACUCAAAGUUUCAGCUUUCAAACACAGGGAACCCGUUUCAGUAUCUGAUCCCUACGCAAUAUGCAGUCCCAACCCUUCACAAGUCUCCUCACACUACACCUGUCUCCGGCUUCAUGUUCAACAACAUCAACCACGACAGGGACAUUAUAACAGGCCCCAUACCGGGGAAGUGCCCUACGCCUAUACCCAUCGUCAACCGUUCGUUGUCAUGCCAACAAACUCACAUGCGACGCCUCGAUCUCUCCGAUGACGAACUGAAGCAAGUGUUGUCUGACGUCGGCGGUAACUACGUCAAAAACUACAUGGCGACGUCAGAUGAUGAAGCGGAAGAGAACUUCCCGAACAUGUUGUCACUUAACGACAUGUAUGAGGACGUGGACUUUGAUCAUCACCCUGACGACUGGGCGUGGGACUACACCAAGACUAAGAGGGAUCUACUCGACCGCUUGGAGGAGGCCUACAGGCAGUACUACAGUCGGAGCAUUCCUGAUACCACUACCGCCACCACGCCCAGCAUGUUGCUACAGAUGCUGCUCAAUCGGACAGAGUUAGGGAAGACACCCGAGGAGGUGAUGGAGCUGCCGGUCAAGGACACAGGGGAGAUAACACUGAGGGAGAAGAGUAAGAAAUAUCCCCUCUUGCAAGGUCCUGGGGAACAGGAACAAACCAAUCUAAGACUCAUGUCUGAUCCCGGUAGAUGGCGUGAAAUCAAUGUCGAUAUUCCACUGCGCAUACUCGCGCAGGUACUUCCGGCGAAGGUCAUUUAUCCAGAAAGGAAACGAGUUCGACGUGACUCAGAUGGUUCAACGACGGCGGUAGAGUACUGCCGAGAUGUGGGUGCACAGACCAAUGACGGCUAUCUCCACAUGUGCUCCACCUGUGCCCACACCACCACCCUCGGGCCGGAACGCUUCCCCAGGAUCAUCAAUGAGGUGUGGUGCAACACGGACAACAAGGGGUGUCUGCACCUGGGAGGCACAGCACAUGGGUCGUGUCGCCAGACUGUAGUCUACAUGACGAUGUUGCGGAAGAAGCCGAACACGUGCAUGUCAAUCAUCAAGGAUGGCGUGCACUACAUCACUGAUGAGUGGGAGAAGUACGCUCAGCCAAUCAAAGUGGCAUGUGAAUGCGUGGUUGACAAAAGGUCUCCCUUUGCUAAGUAUGUGAAACCCUAGUUGGAGAAGCUGGCCGAGGACGGAAUGUGUAAUGGGGAGGGAACUCGCUGUAUGACGCGCCUGAUCCAGAGGCCCGGUACUCCUUCAGUGUUGCGUUGUGGAUGCCGUUACGGAUGCCGUCACGAAUGACGUCAUGCAUGCUUUUUAUCAGUUUCUGAGUUUACGCCACUACAGACUAUAAUACAUAAUUUGCGCUGGAUAACUGUGUGCCUUUUUAUCAUAUUAAAAAGCAAGUUUCGUUGACUGGUUCAAGGUAAGACAAGUGUUGGCAAGCUUAUAUCGGUUGUGGUAUAUUCGUUGAGCCACAUUUGUGGCCAUGGGAUUUGGUAACACUAUAUAUAUACAUGUUUGUUAAGACUUUGCAUCAGCACCGUACAUUGCGAUAUGUGGUAUAAACCGGUGGAGGUUGUCUGUUACAUUGUCUCAUAGAGUCAGCAUAUGACUACGUGAACCGACAAUUGUAUAGUCCUGAAAAAUAAUUUGUAUUUACCACCUCCAAAUUUGUUCGCUAACGUGCUGUAAAGAUACCAUUGUUGUGCUCCUGUUGCGUGUUUUACGAAAAUCUUGUGUUGCCGCUUUGGAGUAUAUUUUUUUUUCUUAGAAAUGAAAUUUCGAAUAUGA